GAGGCUGCAGAAGCUAUCGCAGAACAACGAGGACUGCUACGUGCACGCCAUGGGCCGCGGCGGCCGCAGCCAAGGGGCAGACUGGCGCGGCACAGCCCCGUGGCACACGCAACAGCACCAUCAACAGGGCGGUUGGCAGCGGCGCGUGCCCAGCGAACCAAGGCAGAGGCAGAGCAGCCAGAAGAGGCGUGGGGAGUACCUCGUCUGCCCGUACUGCCCACCAGGCGAGAGCUGGGUGUACACCAAGCGUGCGGGCACUCCAGGCUGGGAGGGAUGUAAGACCUGCACAUACACGUGGCCCAAGCCCGCCGACCUCAAGGACAAGUACAAGCUGGCGGCGAAGCAGGCCCUGGCCACGCUCGGACUGGAUGAUGACAGCCUCCGUGCGAUCCAGGCUGUGGUCAAGUCCGCCAAGACGUCGGGGGACACCCAGACCGCCCAGGCAGCCGAGACGCUGGCCAAGCUCCCCGUGCUGGCACCUGCACCAGAGGGGCCCGCCAACCCUGAGCCCAAGCUGGGGGUGCGCUUGGAGGCCGCUGCGCUGCGCUGGAGACAGGCCCAGCAGGCCCAGGAGAAGGUCACAGGCCAGCUCGCGCAGCUGGACAAGCGCAGGCAGGAGCUGCUGGUCAAGCUCGACGAGACCACCGGCGAGGUCAUCGAAGCCAAGGUCCAGCUUGAUGAGCUCCAGAGCGAGGUCAACAAAGCAGGAGGAGGCGCACCCACGCCACAGCCCUCGCAGCAGCAGCAGGCCACCGAGGACCAGUGGGGCGACCUGCCCGAGCUCUCUGUGGAGGACCUGGAGCUCCUGGACCCCGAAGCCAAGAACAAGUACGCCCAGGCCGCAGCGCUUGCGCGGCAAGCCAAAGAGGUCUACACUCCCGCCAAGGACCAGAGCACGUCGAUCAAGGAGGUCGCCGACACCCUCAGGGAGCUCCAGGCCACAGUCACUGCCAAGAAGCGCCGCCGUGUGGGAGACGGAGAAGGAGAAGCUACAGAGGAGGCCAAGGUCGAAGUCAAAGAGGAGGCCGCUGGAGCCACCACCGACCCCGCCAAGUGCGACUUCUCCAACGCCGAUGAUGUCAAGAAGUACCUCGACCAGACCACAGCCAUCAGACUUCUGCUCGCGCCCGAGCCCAACCGUAACCAGGCGGCCAGCUGGACACAGGCGGACAGCCUGAGCGUCGAAUCCGUUUCGACACCGAGCCAGGCCAUGACGAACCAGGUCAGCGCCCUGGAGACCAAGCGCGCCAAGCAGCUAGGCAGACCAGCCGGCACCAGCGACCAGACCCAGGUUUUCUUCGGCAUUUGCAGCCAGCACAACGACGCGGCGAAAGCUUUCGUGGAGGGAGCGCAGUGCUUCGACCUCAUUGGCCUUGCGGUGCGCCACCUUGCGCGCCCCCAGUGCGACGCCGAAGAGCAGAGGCUGCGCCGAUACGGGUGGCGCCCCAUGCACUCCUGGACGCCAGCCACCAGCAGCCGCAGAGCAGCCGAGCGGCCAGGGCAAGCAGAACGCAGAGAGGGCAAGCAUGGAGGCACAUGUGGGCUAAUCCAAAAUGACCUCAAUACCUUCUCACACCUACCAGGUAAGACGGGCAAGGGUGCCUUCCAUGACCAGCUCAGCGACGCCGCGGUCACACUCAUCCGUCUACGGCAUGGCACCUUCGCGCUCAUCAGUUGCUACCUGGACUGCAGCAUUGGGCUCGUGGGUAACAACGGCACCAAUCUGGGCAACAUCCUCAGGGUUACCAGGUCGCUCGGAGUGCCGUGGAUCAUAGUCGGGGACUUCAGCUGCGCGCCAGAUGAGAUGGCCUCAUCCCGCUGGCCACAGGCACUCAAGUGCAAGAUCCCGGCGCCAGAUGCCGACCUCACCUGCGCCAGCGGCAGGGGUCGAGUCCUCGACUAUCUGUUGUUCGAGAUCCCGACCGUAGAGACGCAGAUCGCCAAAGGUAUCGAGCGGGCACAGAGGGACAGGCAGCAGUACGAAAAGGCCGUCGAGGAAGGUUUGGACGACGAUGAGCUCGCCAACCUCCAGCACUUGACGAGCGAGACCUACACCAAGAAGCACCAUGCUUUCUGCGCUGACGAUGCAUGGGCCCACGCCAAGGACUACGCCGCCCACUGCCAGCUGGGGGAACCCCCGCCCUGGGCCCAAAGCUCCCUGGCCUACGGGGCCAACCCAGACAGCGCCGACAGCUUGGGCGACAGAUACGGCUACUGGGCAAUGGCGGCGGAGAAGACGCUCGCAGAUCUAUGGGAGGUCAAGCCGCGCAACAACGCCAGGAGCGGCCAGCCCAUCAAGGAUGCAUGGGCGGCAGCUGCCAGCCUCCUGAAGCAUCAGCGAGGCCACCAAGGGGCGGCUCGGAGACCUGAAGUCAACAUGUGGGGCACACUGCAAGGCGGGCUGACCGAGCUCAGAAAGGCAUGCCUCAAGACUAACGGCACCUCUGGGCAGCGCGCGGCUAUCGAGCACGCGAUCAUACUCACAUGCCAGCAGAUCAGGGACGCCCAGAAGCUCACGGAAGACGACCCCAGCGAAGACAGCAGGGCAUUCCGAUGUACGGAGGCACUCGUCCGAGGCCAGCGCCUACCAGUCCCAGGCGACGAGCAGGACGAGUGGGUGACAACAGUAGAGGCAGUCCGCCAACGUGCGGAUUCACACAACAAGAAGGCUUGGCAGGAGACUAGAUCCGCAGCACGCCACUGGACAGAGCAAGCACUCCAAGGAUCGAUGGGCGAGGGACACAGGUACCUCAGCAAGCCAGAGCGGAAGGACCUCAGCGAAGUCAUCAUCGACCCACUUGAUGGACACCCAGAAGGCGACCUCCAGGAGGGGGCCAACCUACGCGCGGCAGCCUGGGGCAGGCGCUGGCAGAGGGACACAGAUUCGCAGGACCUGCAAGCAGCCAUGGGGGGCCUGCGCGCCAAGGCCGACGCGGCCAGCCGCAACCGAAGGCCAUGCGAGCUAGCCGACCUGGACAAAGCCGUGCGCCAGUUCAAGAAGUCCACAGGCAGAGGCACGGACCAGUGGGGUCCAGCAGAGUUGGCCGCCCUUCCGACCCCAGCCAGGCAAGAGUUGACCGACCGAACCAAUGAUUGCGAAGCAACGCUGUCCUGGCCCCACCAGUUCUACCACGCGUGGGCUGCUUUCUGGGGCGCAGCGGUGGCUGGCAGCUCCGCGCUCCAAGCCUUCAUCGCCGCGGCUUGCCUGGACGAAGCGGCUGCACGCGGGCAUUCAGCUGAAGCGUGGGCAAGCUUGUUUCUGGACUUAGAGAAGUUCCAUGACAACAUUAACCUGGUCAAGCUCGUCAAGAAGGCGGAUGCCCUGGAGUACCCGUCCGUCGAGCUCUACUUAUGCACGCUGAUGUAUGUGGCGCCGCGGGUCGUGCGAGCCUCUGGUGCGUACGGAGCCCCACUGGUGCCAUGCAACAGCAUCGUUGCAGGCUGCAAUCACGCCAACAAUGCGGCUCGCAUGAUGCCAUGCGGCAUCCUCGAACUUGCGCGCCGCACCGCACCGAAGGCAUGGUCACGCCAGCAGUAUGUCGACGACGUGCAGAUCCGCGCGGAGGGAGCCUGCAGCACCGUGGGGCACCAGAUAGCCACCAGCGCAGCCUCCAUCAUACGAAGCUGCGAAGCCGACCAGCUGCCCAUCUCAGGGAAGUGUGCGCUAGUCGCCUCGCACCCAGCAGUCCGAGAUGCAGUCGGCGCCACAGCGGCUGCCAUGGGCCUCACCCUCACGCAGGCUGAAAUCAUGAAGGACCUGGGCUGCGACACCACCAUUGGGAGAAGGGGGCGCAGAGCGACCCAGGCCAAGCGUGCAUCACAGGCCAGGCAGCGGAAGAAGCGGGCCAAACAGUUCCUGCGGGCAGCCCGUUGGAGAAGACGAUCAGCGAGCCUGUACCGCACCAACAUCAGGGCCAAACAGCAGCACGACCAGGCCGCAACGGGCAUGACCCCACCCGGCAUCGUGAGGGCACGAGCUGAGGCAGCCGACAUGGCGGGCAUCACGGCGGGGCACCGAUGCACGGCUACGGUCCUCAUCCUCGCGCACGGCGACAAGGAACCGUGGGCGGCCAUUGUCAUCCGCCAACUUCGCGAAUGGGUGCGCAUGUGGCGACGCAAUGAUGGCCUACGCGACCACCUCCGCGAAGCAUGGCACCGCGUGCAGAUCCACCUGAACAGCGUCACCAAGCGAGGCCGAUGGAUGGCCGCCACGGGCCCCGUGGCAGCCCUUCAGCUCUCUCUCGAGAUUCCCGGCUGGAAGGGGCAGGAAGCGGAUCAGUGGACUGACCAUCGCGGGCACACGUGGCAAAUCUCAGAUGCCGUGGAUGCCAACUUCACCGAGGUCGAGGAGGCCAUCAAGGACGCCGCGACCAGCCUCCUUUGGAGCCAGGCGAGCAGGCACCCUGAAGGACAAGGACUACAGAGAGGCGCCGACAUCUCUGCGCUCCAGAGCAGUGCAAGUCUCUUCCGCAAGCUAGAGGGGCACCAAGAGGCAGGCGCGCUUGAAGCAUCCGCAUGCGCUGCGAUUUGGACCAACCACAAAUGUCAUGCAGCAGGGUACCACACUCAACCUACGUGCACCCGCUGCCAGCUGGGAGUGGACGACACGCCAUUCCACAGACUGCACGAGUGCCCAUCCACGGAUGGCAUCGACCACCAGUGGGUCACCAGCACGGCGGCCCUGGUGGCCAGGGCGGGAGCUGUCAAAGACGACCCGCUGGAGCACGCCUUUUGGGUCAGAGGCAUCCUACCCAACGAAAUGUGCCCAAUCGACCCACCCCCAGAGUGGGGAAGCCUCGACGACACGCACUGGGCGGCCGGGAAUUUCGGCAUGCGCAUUGGCGACGCCCGCUCCGUGGCAGCUGCGGUCGCAUACACUGACGGCUCAGUCACGCCAGGCGACAAGCGCAUCGCCCGAGCAGGAUGGGGCACAGCGCUGGAGCUGCCCGAAGACACAGGCAUCGACAUCGACGACUACCUAGGCUGGUUCGGCAUCCUGGACGGGCCCCAGACCGUCGCAGCAGCAGAGCUCGCAGCCAUCUACUGGACGCUCAAGCUCACACACGGACCACUCACCAUCGUCACGGACUCCCAGACGGUGGUUGACGGGUGGCGCAGCUACAACUAUGCCCGCCCAGAGG